GAAGCCAGCGACAGCUCGAGCGCGAGUGAAAAGCCCAAUAAAUGUGAAGUGUAUGGCUGGCCUCUAAACCAAGAACAACAACAGCAACAAAAGAUAUUCAAACUAAAUUAAAUGCCUGGCAGUGAAAGCAACAAAUGAAACGUUUCAAAAACUGUUGAAUAUAGAAUGACGUUGCAGACAAAAAUCAAUGUAAAAUAUAAAGCGUUAAUAGCAACAGCAGCAGCAGCAACAACAACAAGAACAAAAACAACAACAGGCGCUAGUCUGCGCCGCCGUUGACACGCACGCACACUUUGACAGACAGACAGACAGACAGACGGACAGUCACACGCACACGCAUACACAUAAAUAAAAGGAAAACAGUUAAAAGGCCAAGCGACAGGCCAAAAAGCAAGAGUCUCAGUCAAUAGUCUUGGCGAAAUUGUCAAAAAACCAAACAAACAAGCGAACAAGCGGACAAGCAACAAAAGUAAACAGCAGUGCAUAAAGAAAAUACGAAGAAAAGUGUAAUAAAAGGCAAGCAGCAGGAGCAACAAAAGGCAAAGGAAGCGACAACAAAUUUGGAACAUUUACGCUUUUGUUGUUGCCCAUUUAUUUUUUUUUUGUCGGUUCCUCUUUUGCCAUUCACAAUGAAGCCAUCGGAUUUGCUGUUGGUGUUGGAAAAGGUCAAGUUCAGGAUGCCGAUGCCGCCGGGCGUGAGCAGCACAACGCUGCUGCCGAAGCUCAUACGCACCAAGGAUGUGAAGCAGCUGCAGGAUGGCAAUGCACAGCCCAGCAAGCCCAAGCUAACGAAAUGCCUGAACACGCUCGAUCUAACCUCGCUGGGCAUUGGCUCCUGCUGCGGCACCGGCAUGUACCUGGUGGCCGGCUUGGUGGCCCAACGCAUGGCCGGACCCGGUGUGGUUAUUAGUUUUGUCAUAGCCGCCAUUGCAAGCAUAUUCUCAGGUGCUUGCUAUGCCGAGUUCGGCGUCCGUGUGCCACACACAUCCGGCUCCGCCUAUAUGUAUUCAUAUGUGGCCGUUGGAGAAUUUGUAGCUUUUAUAAUCGGUUGGAACAUGAUUUUGGAAUAUCUAAUAGGAACAAGUGCCUGUGCCUGUGCGUUAAGUUCUAGCUUCGAUUCGCUUACCGGCAAUGCUAUUGCGAAUGCGAUUAGCGACUCCGUUGGCACCAUAUUCGGCAAACCUCCUGAUUUUAUUGCCUUUGGCAUAACGCUCAUCAUGACCUGCGUUUUGGCAAUGGGCGCCAGCAAAUCGGUUAUUUUUAAUCAUACCCUCAAUGCCAUCAAUCUGGCCACAUGGGUGUUUGUCAUGGCCGCCGGUCUCUUCUAUGUGGACACCAAGACGUGGUCGGAGCAUCAGGGCUUUCUGCCCUACGGCUGGAGUGGUGUGUUCUCCGGUGCGGCGACAUGUUUUUAUGCAUUUAUUGGUUUCGAUAUUAUCGCAACCACUGGCGAGGAGGCGCACAAUCCGCAGAAGAGCAUACCCAAGGCCAUUGUUGGCUCCCUGAUUGUUGUUCUGAUUGCCUAUGUGACCGUCAGUCUGGUGCUUACACUCGUUGUGCCCUACGAUCAUAUCAAUGUGGGCGCGGCUCUGGUGCAGAUGUGGUCCUAUGUGAAUGCGCCCAAGUGUCGCGCCAUUGUGGCAAUUGGCGCCACCGCUGGUCUGUCUGUGGCCAUGUUUGGCUCCAUGUUCCCCAUGCCCCGCGUCAUCUAUGCCAUGGCCCAGGAUGGCCUUAUUUUUAGGCAAUUGUCGCAUCUGUGGCAGCGCACCAAUGUGCCUGGACUGGCGACCAUUGGCAGCGGCGUGGCUGCAGCGCUGGUGGCACUCACCGUGCGCCUGGACAUACUGGUGGAGAUGAUGUCGAUUGGCACACUGCUCGCCUACACCUUGGUGUCCACCUGUGUGCUGGUGCUGCGCUAUCAGCCGCACAGCACGUCGCUGGUGGAGCUGCUGCCGGCACAGCUGCGCACGCCGCUGGCGCCAGGCACCGCCACCGAUCCGCAUGCCAGGCCCGCGGAGGUGCUGGAGCCCACUAAGCUGACCAUUAAGCGUGUGACACGCGGCAUGUCGGACUCGGACGAUUCGUUCAUUGACGACAGUCCGGAGGGCUAUCUGGGCGGACGGGACGAUCAGUUUCUGGUGUCGGAUCGUUCGGAGAACAAAUUCUAUGGCAGUGUACAUGGCGCACCCACUGGACCCACGGGGCAGGCGACGGCUUUCGAUACCAUCGGAUUGAAUUUUAUUACGCGCAAGAUUCACGACUAUGCGUAUCUCUGUCCGGGCUUCUUUCCGUGGAUCAAUCCCGGCCAGGCGACCUCCGAGAGCGGCAUGUAUGUCACGAAACUAGUUGGAAUCAUGUUCGGUCUCAUAUUCUUCUUGGAUUUGUUCGCUGCCAUUGGUUGGUCCGGCGGCCUCGCCGUAUUCAUUUAUAUCAUUUUAUUUAUCGGCAUAUUUGUGAUAUUAUUGAUUAUAUCGAGACAACCACAGAAUAGAUAUGCACUCGCGUUUUUAACGCCUGGACUUCCAUUUAUUCCGGCUAUCGCAAUAACUGUUAACAUUUAUUUAAUAUUUAAGCUAAGCAUACUGACCCUACUUAGGUUCACAGUCUGGAUGUCGCUCGGCCUCAUCAUGUACUUCUAUUAUGGCAUUACGCACAGCAGCCUCGAGCAGGCCAGCGACGAUCUCGAGCUGCAUGUCGACAAGGAUUAUAGCAAAAGCGGAGACGAGCAGGCCGUUUGGGAUCAGCAGUCCUAUAAUCAGACACAGGAGCCAGUUUGGGCCAGCAAAGAGAUUAAACAGCCUAUAAAGCAACGUUAUAGCUAUGGCAAGAGUAUGCCAAGUGGUGGUGCCCAGAGCGGCAGCAAAUUGGCAUCAAGUAGCAGCAAGGCUGGCACAAGAGGCCCACCGCCCAGACCGCCAGGUGGCACACGCAGCUCAACAGCUGGCACAGGAACAGGAACAGGAACAGGCGCAUCGACGGCUACGGAGACGGGUUCGGGCACGGCUCCUGGUGCGAGUACGGGUCGGACUUUGGAGCAUCAGUACACUGGACAGUUUAGCAUGUUUGUGGACGAGGGUCAGUUCCCAACGUGGGAAGACUAA